AUGACUGAAAUAUGUGUCAAAUAUCUUCUUAUGAACGAGCUGGUCAUUGAUGAUGAAAGGCCUGUAGGAAGCUUAUUAAAUUAUUCUGCCGAACAUUGGGUAGAUCAUUUUCGAGAUGUACUCUCCCCGAAAAGCGGACUAUUGGACUUGGCGGAAAUGCCGUAUUAUAAAGACCCGAAGAUGAAUGCACUGCACUUAGCUGCUUUCAAUGGCCAUGAGGAGAUCUUGUUACGGGUUGCUUUGAAUAAGAAAGAGGCAAUUGACCAAACCGAUAACUCAGCAACAAGUGCACUACAAUGGGCGUGUCUUCGUGGGCAUUCUCGGAUUGUGGAGCGACUGAUAAAGAAGGGAGCCAAUAUCAAUGCUCAGGGUGGAUAUUAUAGUAAUGCUGUACAGGCUGCUUCUACAAAAGGACAUCUGAAGAUUGUACAACAUUUGCUUGAAAACGGAGCUGAUAUUAAUGCUCAAGGUGGAGCCUAUGGCAAUUCUUUGCAGGCUGCCUGCGCAGGAGGACAUAUUCAGAUUGUACAGCAUUUGUUCGAAAACGGAGCUGAUAUCAAUGCUCAAGGUGGAAUUUAUGGCUAUGCACUCUAUGCCGCAUCUGCAAAAGGGUACCUUAAGAUUGUACAGCAACUGCUAGACAAGGGUGCUAAUAUCAAUUCUGAGGAUAGAUAUUAUAGACAUGCCCUUCAUUCAGCAUCUGUGGGGGAGUACCUGGAGAUUGUACAGCUACUGAUGGGUAAGGGGCCAUAA